AAAUUCCGAUCACAAACUGAAGGAAAAAUUAUCUGUUCAGGAAAUAGAAGCAGCUGAGAAAAGGCUUUUCUUAAUUGUUCAGAAAGAAUCUUUCCAAAACGAAUCUACAAAAUCAAAGUUGAAAACUCUUUGCAUUUUCACUGAUAAAGAAGGCUUAAUGAGACUGAAGACAAAAAUCCUUCGAAGAGAUGAUACAGAUUAUUUCGUGUGUCCCAUACUUUUACCUUCUGAUCAUCAAAUUGUAGAAAAGUUAAUUUUCGAAAGACAUACAGUACUUUCACACGCUGGAGUUCAAAUUGUUUUGACGGAUAUUCGUCAACGGUUUUGGAUUUUAAGAGGACGCAAAACAGUUCAAAGGGUAAUCGCAAAAUGCAUUCGAUGCAAAAGAUAUAAUGAAAAAAAAAAAAAAAUCGAAACAGUUCCAGCCCCACUGCCUGAAGAUAGGGUCCGAGACGCUCUGGUUUUUGAAGUAACUGGAGUAGACUUAUCUGGACCUCUUCAUCUAAAGGAUGGAAAGAAAAGCUGGAUACUUUUAUUCACCUGUGCUGUUUAUAGGGCCAUACAUCUUGAACUGAUACAAGGACUUUCCACCGAAGAUUUUUUGUUGGGCUUCAGAAGGUUCAUAGCCAGACGUGGACGACCAAAAACUAUGUAUAGUGACAAUGGUACGAACUUUGUUGGGACGAACAACCUCUUUCUUUCACUCGAUUGGAGCAAAAUUAUGCAAGAAUGUUCUAUUUUGAAGAUUACAUGGAAGUUCAAUCCCCCCACAGCUGCGUGA